AUGGAUGUCGCCGAGGCACUACGUGAGCGAUGCACCUGUCGUGCCUUCUUGCCGCGCGCGGUCUCCGUGGAGCUCUUGGAGCGACUGCUGGAGACGGCCAAUCGGGCACCCUCCGGGGGGAACACGCAGCCGUGGCACCUUUAUGUUCUCACUGGGAAGCAUCUCCAAGCUCUAACGGAAGCGGUGAUGAAGCACUUCGGCUCCGGGACCAUGAGCCCGUUGGAGUACAAGGUGUAUCCGAGCAAAGGAGAUCUUCCGGACGACCUUCACAAGGCCUACAUGAGCCGCCGCAUCAAGGUGGCGCAGGACAUGUGGGAUCUCAUGGGAGUGCAGCGUGAAGACCAGGCGGCCCGCGCCAAGGCGUUGGUGGAGAACUUCCGCUUUUGGGGAGCGCCAGUGGGCAUGGUCGUGACGGUGGAUCGUGGGGGUGAUAAGAAUGCUUGGGGCCACACGGGCAUGUUCCUGCAAAGCUUGGCCCUGCUGGCAGUGCAAUAUGGCCUCGCGACUGCUAUGCUCGAAGCCUGGGGCAACUUGGGCAGCUGCGUCUACGAUACACUGAACAUUGCGAUGGAUAGGGAAGUGGUGUGGUGCGGAGUGGCGUUGGGAUACGCUGAUCCAGGCUCCAAGCUCAGCACUAUGCCCACAGAGCGACGGCCUCUUGGAGAGCUCUGCCGUUUCCAGGGCUUUGACGCUUGGCCUUGCCGUUUCCAGGCUUCACACAUCAGUGAUUUUGAUGGAUGUUCCACCAGUGGUUUGUUGGCGCAUCCCGACCGGCAGGUCGUGGAGUUUGUUCUGGACGCCCGCUAUGGCGAUGAUGAGGCAGUCCAGGAAGCACUGAAGGCUGGUGUGGAGGCCUCCUUGAAUGGUCAUCUCGAAGUGGUGAAGGCCCUGGUUGCCACUAAAGCCAAUCCCAACGUUUGCAAUGAGUUCGGGAAGAGGCCUUUCGAUGAAGCUUUCAGCAAGAGCUACUCUGAGAUUUGCGAGGCUUUGGCUUCGGUGACCCAGUUCGAGGAGCCGGAGGCCAAUGACAAGGAGCCGCUGCUGAUGAGAGGCGGUGGAACACCAGAGGAGAGCCCCGUGAUCGUGAGCAUUGGCAACCCGGUCUUGGAAAUCACGGCCAAAGUUCCACAGGAGACCCUGGACAAAUAUGGUUUGCAGCACGGGGAGGCACUAUCUGGAGACGAGCAGAAGGACAUGAAGCACGACCAACUUUUGCAGGAACUGGAGAAGAUGGAGCAGGCCAAAUAUGUGGCGGGUGGAGCCACACAAAACUCGAUCCGGGUGGCUCAGUGGAUGCUGCAGGAGGCGAAGAUGACUGCGGACCUCGGCUGCGUGGGAGACGAUGCUUAUGGUCGCCGCCUCACUGAGGUAUGUCAGCAAGAGGGUGUGGUCACCAGGUACAUGGUCGAUCCAGCUCGCACCAGCACUUGUGCAGUGGCCAUUGUGGACAAGAAGCGAACGUCUGUGGCCCGGCCUGGAGCCCAUGAGCACUACAAGGUGAGUCAUUUGAAGGAGCCAGAGAACUUCAAUCUUUUGAAGUCUGCCAAAAUUGUCUACUGUUCUGGUUCUCUUCUCCCCGUCUCCGUCGAGUCCGUGGAGCUGGCCUCGAAGGUCACUGAGAUGAGCAAGAGCACCUACUGCCUCAACUUAGCACUCGUCCAAAUGCCCAGCCAUAGGGCUGUGUUGGAAAAAGCGCUGCCCUACUGUGACGUUCUGUUUGGCAAUCAGACAGAAGCGAGAGCCUAUGCUGAAGCAGCCGGCUGGGAGACGCAAGACGUGGACUUCAUAGCGACCCGUUUGUCCUUGGUGCCCAUGGCCACCAAGCCGCCACGCCAAGUCGUGAUCACUCAAGGUGCCGAGCCCAUCGUGGUGGCCGUGCGCGGUGUGAUCUCGCGGCAUGAGGUGGUCCCGCUGUCCGAAGAGCAGAUUGUGGACAGCUAUGGUGCCGGGGACGCCUUCGUGGGCGGCUUCUUGGCAGCGAUGGCACGGAAGCAUUCCAUCGCUGCAUGUUGCCAGGCUGGCAGCUAUGCAGCUGCCACAGUGAUGCAGCAUUGGGGCUGCACAUUUCCAGCCAAACCGGAAUAUUGCCUUUGA